CAACUGUCCUCUUUUGAAGGCAUCCUUGAUAUUCGGCAGUGACCGAGGACUCUGUUGUCUUUGAGGAGGAGCAAGUUUAUCGGGAAGUUAUCACAUGAUGCUUCAAGAGUUCGUAAUCUAGGGACAGAGAAAAUGAAAAGAGGAACCUGUCGCGGGUACUGAAAAUGGAAAAUGAUAGCGACCACUACCUCGCGUCACGAGAUGUUAGUUCUCCUAAUGGCUGACUGGUGGAGGUACAUGACACGUGUCGUCGUACCUAUACACGUGGUAAUUUCCAGGUGGGCUGAACCAGUCCUGGGUGGCCAUGGCAUCAUCCCCCUCCCCCUGGUGGUCCCCUUCUGCCGUUCAACCCCAUAGGCUCGCCGAGUCCCGCACAUUUCGGACGACCGCCAAUGGCCUCUUGGCGUUUCCCACCCCUCAACAACGAGCUCAUCCAAUCGCCAGCGCUCUCUUCACCCAUUGGCGGAUCACAGCCAAUGGUGGGGUACCUCCUGUCUUCGCCCAAUCGUCCCCCCCUCCCGCUCCCUGCCCAACCCCCCCAACUGGUUGUAUUCCCCUCCAUUGAAAACUCGUAUAGGCCUCUCACAUGCAAAAGGGGACAUCUCAUCACGACUCUUGGUACCAGGCACUUCUCCGUAGUGGGUACUCCACUCAUCGUGUCGUGCUACGGGUAUAACGCGGGAGAGGUGAAACUUGUGUGUAGGCCCCCAUAGGACCGAACAAGGCGAGGCGAGGAGCUGUGUGGCAAGGGCGAAACGUUGGUCGAGUGGGUCUAAGCGGUUGUGAGGACCUCUCCAGGAACCCAACAGUCCUCUCCAUUCAUUCAUCCAUCCAUCCAUCCAAAAUCCAACGGCAGGCUAAGCCCAUCCAUCCGCAUCCUAUCCAUUGAAAAGCACGGGUGCUCCUCUCUACGGAGAGUGAGUGUAUCCUCGGUGAAGGUGGAGGCGAAGAGAGUUGAGUGGUACCAUCUACCCAUCGUCUAUCGAGCAGAGUCCAAGGACUCAAAGACCCACUGGGUUAUUUCAGUCGGCCGUCGGCCGGCUCUGCCGGCCACUACCUCCCAAAAAAAAACAAAUAUAUUGAUCAACGACGUGGUAUCAUUGAAAAUUAUUUUUUUAUCAUUUCAUGAUUUUACGACGCUGUGACAAUUACUCGGUGACGGUGUCAAGUGUUUAUUUGGUUGUUUAUGUUGUUUCGUAAUAUGACAUCUGGUCCCUAGACUGAUGUCCCUGAUCAUCAUGACACUUGAUGACACAAUGGUGAUGGCAUCGUUUGCCUUUGACAACAAGUGAGUGGAUUUAUCCUGUUUUGGGUUUAGUAGUUGUUCAGUGAUAAGUGGAACAUGGUGAUGAUGUUGGUUCAUUGUUCGUGAUUUUGUGAUUGUUGUGAAGGAUGUUUUUGUAAUUUUGGUAAUAACACAUGAGAUACGAUGUCAGUGGUUGUCAAUUGUUGGCGUUGACUUAUCUGAAGGGAUAAGGUUUUUUAAAGUGAUAACGGAGCAUCGAUAACAGCAACACUGAAGUACCUGGUUGAAGUGAAAUUCGCCGAGAUGACCGGCGGCAGUGGUGGUGCCAGUGGAGGAAGUCAGGGUAGCAAUAAUGCCACUAGUUAUCAUCAGCAUCAACAGCAACAGCAGCAGCAGCAGAACCAGUUGGAGCAGACUGGUCUACUACCAGAUCUCAAUGGUGUUGAUCUGGCGAUGAGCUUGUCCCCCAAGCAACAUGCUUCCCAUGUACCAGGUGGUGGUGGUGCUCAUACAACUCCCUUCAGUGUCACUGAUAUACUGUCGCCAAUUGAAGAGUCCUAUCGUAAACUUGAAUUUGCUGCUGCUACCGUCGGCGUUGGAUCCCAUUCACAGGGUUCACCCUAUGCCAAUACAUGUGGCGCCAGGGUGGGUAACACUGGUAGCUCAACAGCAAGCAGUGGAAGUCCACCCCUUCAUGGUGGCUCGACUCCUGGGGGUGGUACACCAGGUCCAGUUAGUGGUGCCAACGGCAGUAGCACUGGACCAGCUAUUGGCAAUGGCGGAGGUAUGAGUGCUAUGGGCAAUCCGUAUGCUACCAUGCAGCUUACAUCACAGUAUCAGUACUGCACUGCUGAAUUAUCACCUUAUCAUCAUGGUGGACCGGGGGUUGGUGGGGGAGGUCAUACGGGUUCUGAUCCUAUGAGAUCACAUGCUGUGUCGUCGCAUCAUCAUCCUUGGUAUGCACCAGCUCCACCCGCUACCAAUGAUCCGAGAUUUGCCAGUUACGCAGUAUCGAGACUGAUGGGUGCUGCUGGGGGUGGUAAUAUGGCAGCGUGUUCAGUCGGCCAGUCGAUGGCCGACGUUGGUAAAUCAUCGGGUAUGGGCGUUGGCGUUGCUGUUGGUGUUGGUGUUGGUAUGGGUGUUGGUACUAUGCAAUUCCCUCUGGCGCAGCGAAGAAAACGACGUGUACUAUUCACACAGGCACAGGUUUACGAGCUUGAGAGGCGGUUCAAGCAGCAAAAGUACCUCAGCGCGCCUGAGCGAGAGCAUCUUGCCUCACUCAUUCAUCUGACACCCACCCAGGUCAAAAUUUGGUUUCAAAAUCACCGGUACAAGUGCAAAAGACAAGCGAAGGAGAAGGCGAUGGCCGAGCAGAACGCCCAGAACCAGAGUGCGAGUUCUCCCCGGCGAGUGGCAGUGCCGGUUCUCGUGAAAGAUGGCAAGCCAUGUGGUAGUGGCGGGGGUGGUGGUAACGAGGGUAGUCGUGGUGGACCGAGUGCGGCUUUGGCGAGUCCAGCGCCCCACAUGACCGCAGCAUCGAGUCCCCAUGGAACUCAUCACGGUGCCAGUGUCUCUCAUCACUCAUUAGCCGGUGUCAGUCAUGUUAUGUCAUCGAGUCAGAGCCUCCAGCACUGUUCGUACACGAGAACGGGUGGACAGCAGGCAAUGCAGCAACAACAACAGGCCCAAUGUGGUGCUUAUCUACCGUUACAGGGUAGGGCCUGGUAGUGCGCGCCAUCCGCGGCAGGGGCAGCGGCCUACGCUAAUCCCUCCGUCGCCGGCCCGUGGGCCCUCGCCGCGGAUCCAACAGCAUGGUACACUAUUCCCGAUGAAAGCCCUUAAAAUUAAAUUUUAAAAUCAAUGAUUUUUGACGCUGAGGGAAUUGACAUUUUUCUACGUAACCGAGAGAAAUUAACGAGCGCAAAAGAAUUGGGAUCGGAGAAUAACUUAUUAGUUUAUUAACUACGAAAGAAGAAAACAUUGAAUUAGGAUCUUUUGAAUUCCCUGAUUUCAAAAUGAAAACAAAAAAAUCAAUAUUUCCGACUUUUUUUCAUCUUUGUGGAUUUUUCGCUGAAAACACUUUUGGCUUCUUUAUCUUUCGCGAGGCGAAUCGAGGAUCGCCGACAGUCGGCCGAGGUUCGGCCAACAUUGGCCGAGUGUCGGCUCAAUGUCGGCCCCUCCUCAUCUCCCUCCAGAGCUCCUGAGGAUUUGAGGAAUGUCGGAAACCGCGUCACUCACUUAUUCCAAACUAAAUUGACUAUGUAUUUGUUAAUAACAAAUAAUCCGUUCCAUUAGUGCAUAGAUAGAGCUUCUGGGUUUUACAUGUUCCCGGAAUUUGUUAGAACUUCUAAAAUGUCCGGGAAUUCUUGUUGUAAACUAUUAGAAACUUUUUGUUGUUCCUAUUUCAAUGAUUUUUUUUUUUCAAAAUUUCGUACUAAUUAAAAUGUGACCAACGAAUCGACGUUAAACUCAUUCUGUUCAACGUAGUGCAAUUUUCCUGAGACCAGUUACUGCCGAAGAUUUCGCAACUACAAUUGCAUAAUUCACUCAGCGACAAAUGUCUCUCAACAGUGUACAUAAUUUGAAAAUAAUGAACUAGAAUUAUUCUCUGAAAAAAAAUUGUAAAAAAUUGUCACAGAAGCCACGGAGGGACUCGACUUAGAAGAACAUGAUUCAAAUGUUUGGCAAAUCCUUAGGGAAUUGUUCAUGAUUUUGAAUCAAAGUUUCUUCCCCAGAGUCGAGAAUAGGAAAUUCCUAUUGAAGGCAUUGGACAACGAAAUUCGAACGAUUAACUAACCCAGUGACAAAAAUUGACAUAUAAAAUUGAAGAAAAGUAAAAUGUGUACAUAAAUCCUCGUUUUCCCACACGAGAAUAGGGUUAAAUAUUCUCAGAUUUAAUUUUCUCGCCAAUGAUUUUGAUUUCAACCGGUGAGAUAUUAUUAUAAAUAAUGUAACGUUUUAGAAGAAAAUUAUUAUUGAUAUUAAUAUAAAUGAACGAUUUUAUUCAGCGAUUGAAUUGAAUAAAUAAACCCGACAAACGCACGCAAAAAGUAAUUGAAAGAUAGUGGGUAGUUGAUUUUGAGGGUGAACAAAGGAUAAGGGCAGUAGAGAUUAUUAUAAAAUUUUGUAAAUAAUGAAGAAAAAGAAGAGAUAUUAAUAAAAACGAUACUAAUACAGUCUCGAGUUGAUUGAAAAAA